UGAAGCAGCUAGAUACUCGAUUCAGUCUGUCAAACUCCGGUCCUCCGGUUUCCCCCAACUACUAAAAACAUGCAGUUAUUAGGUGAACAGAAGCUGAUAUCCCGGUUGAAUCCACACCAUUGUAUAUCCUCACAGGCAGCAGCGAUGCCCAGAAAAAAGACCAAAUCAAAGAAGCAUAAGAAAGAACGAAAGAAACACAGAUCGUCAACAUCCUCCAGUGAGGAUCAGGGAAAGGAGGACAGAGAGAGACACAGAGGCAGUCGCAGAGACAAAAAGCAUGUGAGCAGCAAAAGCACUGACUCUCCACGAUCACUGAGUGAAACCGGUGCAAAAAGUGGGAUGUACAAAAAAUCAGAUGGAGAAAGACUGAAGGCGAAAUCGGAAGUAAACAAAGACUCUCAUGGCCGCGAGCACAGGGCAUUGCACAGCUCAGUGAAGCACUCUUCCUCACGACAUACUACAUCUACCUCAACAAAGAGCUCCAGCAGCCAGAUUCCUGAAGCCGCAACCAAAGAGCAGCAUGAGUGGGGGAAGAACCUGGGUAAGAGGAGGUCUUCUUCAGAGGAGCCCGGAAAGAGAGCAGCUGAGGCUGAGGAGAAGAGGAAGAAGCUCAUGAAAAGAAGGACAUCAAAAGAGGACGAUUACCCAGUGCCCAAGCGAAGAUCCAACAAAGAACAGGCCGAUGUUGACAGGCGAGAGAGAAAGGAGUUAGUGGAGAGGGAGUACAGGAAGUCAAAUGAGGAGCGUAUCUCAGAAUGGAAACACAGCCGCCAUGAGAAAAGUCAGAGCCAACACUCGUCUAAAGAGUCUAAACAUCGAGCACCUGCGGUUACACAAAAUGUCAGACUGAAAGUGCAGGGUAAGGGACACUCUGAGUCCAUCUAUCCCCCUACCUCCAGAGAAGAGCCGUCAUCAUCUGCUCCUUCGCUUCCAAUCACUUUCAAGAUCCCAAAGAAGUCUAGUGUUGUGAAGGCACAGACAAACACAGCCUGUUGGGAAACUGUUAAAAAGUCUCCCAUCACCAGUAAGUGUUCUCCUAAAACCACAGACUCUCCAUCUAUGAAGGUUAUCCCUGAACAAACUAGACCAAGGACUACAGAGGUUCCUUCUCCAGUUCCUUCCUGUUCUCCUCCUGUCCAGCUAGUGCAGUCGAGUAGAACGAAUGAGACGAGUACCUCAAGCAGCAGUAAUGCUUUAGUAGAACAUGCUAGUUUUUGUGAUGUUUCUACUGACUGCACAGAAACCACUGACGAUGAUUAUGAGAUGCAGAUAGUUGAAGAGUUACACCUGGCCCGCUCUAGCAGACAGCUGCAUGUGAAUGUGGAGAAGAGUUACGGAGAGCUGACCAGCAUGGACGUAGACCCGGCAGACGAGAGCGCCACCAUUGCACUCAGUCAGAAGCAGCAGCAGGACCUCCUCGUUGUGCUCGACACCAAUGUUCUCCUCAGCCACCUGGACUUUGUGAAGAGGAUUAGAUCCCAUGGGCUUGGAGCUCUGGGAUUCCCGACGCUGCUGGUUCCCUGGGUGGUUUUACAGGAGCUGGACUCGCUGAAAAGCGGGAAACUGUCAAAGAAUGUGGAAAGCAAAGCGCGGCCGGCUGUCGACUACAUCUACACCUCCCUGAAGAACCAGGAGCCGCGUCUCUGGGGCCAGUCCAUGCAGCAAAUGUCUCAAGCUGCCUGCGGGCUGAACUCUGUGAAUAAUGAUGAUCGAGUGCUGCAGUGCUGUCUGCAGUACAAGGCGUUGUAUCCAGAGGGCACUAUCAUGCUGUGCACUAAUGAUAAGAACCUGUGCAGUAAAGCUCUGCUGAGUGGAGUCAAGGCCCUGAGUAAAGCCGAUCUACAGGAGCAGGCAGAAGUAACCCCUGAGCACUUUCAUCAACGCUAUGGCCAGACUGCUGCUUAUCCACACGAAGCACCCGUUAAGCAACAUCAGGAAGAGAAGGCACACAGGCUGCAUGAAGAGGUGGAGACGAGCAGGAAGAAGGAGACAGAGCGAGAACUGAGCGAGUGCGUGUCCUUGCUGGAGAGCAGCCUGCAGAGCGCUCUGUCCGCCAUCCUGGAGGAAGAGAUGAAGGCUGCGUUUGGAGAGCUGUGGCUAGAGAUAGUGUACAUGAAGCCUCCAUGGAGUCUGGAUGCUUUGCUUCAGUGUUUCCGGAAGCACUGGAUCGCUGUGUUUGGAGUCAUUAUCAGAAGAAGUCUGAUCAGUUGCGUGGAGACGCUCAGCAGUUUCGUUCGUACAGAUGUGUCAGUGGAGCACAGUUCCGUUCUGAACGCAGUGUCCGUGGCCGAGGAGCUUCUUACAGCGCUGCGCUGCAGGUCUCCAUACAGCGGCCAUGUAGACUCGGCUCUCUCCUGCCUGAAGACCUUACAGCACAGGCUGCAAGCCAAGCCUCAGAAAUCCCCAGUGGAUGACAGAGGUGGUGACACUCUGAUGGCUGAUGCAGUUCAGGAUGUAGCGCCGCCUCCACAAGCGUCUCAUCAGGAAGUGUGGGCUUUGUUCGAGAGCAUCUGGAAUAAUGUGUGCCAUGUCAGCUCGGCUGUGUUCUCAGCACUGCACUUCUCUCCAGCCUCAAUGCAGUCAGUAGAGCAGCAAUCCACGCCGCCUCCCCAGGACGCCCUCAGCUGCCUCCACAGGCUCAAUGCUGCUCUCGAGCAGCUGCUGGAGGCUUUCCAAAGGUUACUGUCUGUGGGCAGCACUGUAGAAGACGCUCAGGCUCUGCUUACCUUUAUUCAUGCUAGCGAGAUCACUACCAUGAAGCCACGCUUCACUGCCAAGGACCUGUUUGAGUGCCUGUCUCACCAGGAGUACAGGGAGAAGCUGUGUAUAGGAGGAGCGCAGCUGAUGGAACUGAGAGAGAACCUGCAUCGCUGCGCAGCCGCUGUGUGUGGUACGAAUACCUAACAUCGGCAAACAGCUUGGCUUUUUUUUUUAGAUUCUGACAAGUUUACAAAUAAACCAAACUGCACUGACAACCACGUAAUCACUUCCCGAUUGAUCUGACCCAGCCAGGUGCUUAUUAUUCAGCUGGUUAAAACUGUAAUUAAAUAUUUACAUGACUCUAUAUGAGAUCCGAACCAAAACCUAAUGAUCUGCCUUCCGCCACUAAGUGUGUGAGUGUUUUGUAGCUAAAGGGGUUAGGUGAGGUUAAGCAUUUAACCUGUUGUAAGUGUGUUUCUGGUUACGUUUAUGUAUUUGAGGACCAGAUCUUAGAACAGUGUUAAAUCUGAUUUCUGUCCCUAAUAUGGCUGCUAUUAGUUCUGUAUGAGUUAGCAAAUUGCAGAAAAUUGGUUUCCCAUUUUAGAUAUUGUGUUUGUAGCCGAAACACCCGCAAGACUGUUUUCACUCUUUUUUUUUUUCUGUAUAUGACCAUGCUGCUGUGAACGCAGGAUAUUUUUACAUUUUUGCCAACAGUUGCUGUAGGUAUGGACUGGGAAACUACCUCAAAAUAAAAAAAGUGCUGAAUGCAGCCAUGAGCCUUAAAAGCCUUAAUAUUUAUAAAACAGUCAUCAUAAUAGUAAUUAAUAAAAUCUAGUGGGGAACAUUCAUUCAUUCAUUCAUGUUGCUUGGUGAGUUUUUUUAUUUAUUUAUUGUUAGCAUUUUGCCUUUAAACGUGAUAGACAGGAGGCAUUUAAACAACAUGGGGUCAAAUGUGUCAUAGACAUUUGAAGCACCUAUUAAUUAAUUACACAUUAUUUGUUGAACUAUAUUUCAUCUGCCUUUUAUGUUGAUGCUUCUCUUCUUUGUUUCACUGCAUUUGCAUUUGAACAAUGUUAAAUCUGAUUUCUGCUUCUUUAAGCUUCUGUCUGAUCAUCAGAAGGAUCAGAUUUACACAAAAUGUAAACUGAGAUGUACUUUUUUUUUUUUUGCACUGUUAAACCUCUUUUGUAUUUUUGAAUUUUGUUUUAUAAGACAUUUUAUAUUCAUUUAAAAAAAAAUGCUGUCAGUAAAUAUAUAUUUAUUUCUGCUUUAAAUAAGAGUCAUUUGUGUCAUGUUAUGUCAUGUCAUGUUAGGACGUUAUUACUGCUGGUGAUUGAAUCAGAGACAGCACUGCUAGCUCUGAAAGGAUCAGGAUGGGUGAUGGAAUCUCGCCGAGAUUCCACUGACUCUCAUUAACAUAGGUAAGAUCUCUGACGCAGCUGCGAGAUGAGGUCAUGACAGGAUUUGGCUUUCUCGACGUGAUGUAGUCAGAUCACACUCAGAGCAAGAGUCAGGCAGUGAAAGAACUUGGAUAGUAAUAUUUAUAAUGUAAAUAACGUGAGACUCGUUUUCAGAUGAUAGGAUUCUUUGGGUUUAUCGUGUAAAUUCAGAAAUUAGAAACUAUAUUAAAAAUACAGAAAAAGUCAGGGGUAAACCUGACUUACUGGGAGCCUUAAUCUCUUAAUUAAUUUGAUUAUUAUUAAUUAAUUAAUUUAAUUCAUAUGCAUACAGUGCCCUCCAGAAUUAUUCAUGAAAAUAUGCAAAAAUUAAUAGAUAUAAAUUGCAUGGCAUACCAUAAGUGAUAUUUAAGCUCAAUUUUUUCAA